AUGGCUGCCCUGCCCGACGGCCGCCGGGACUCGGGGGGCGCGGCGCGGCCCGGACGCGGCAGCCCCGGGGCGGACGGCUUUGCUCCGUCGGCGCUGGGCACCCGCGAGCACUGGGAUGUUGUGUACGAGAGAGAGCUUCAGACUUUCCGAGAAUAUGGAGACAGCGGAGAAAUCUGGUUCGGAGAGGAGAGUAUGACUCGACUAAUACGGUGGUUGCAGAGGAACAAGAUUCCAUUGGAUGCUGCUGUACUUGAUAUUGGAACCGGAAAUGGUGCUCUUCUGGUUGAACUGGCAAAAUUGGGUUUUUCAAACAUUACUGGAAUCGAUUACUCAUCUGCAGCCAUACAGCUUUCUGGAAGUAUCAUAGAGAAAGCAGGCUUAUCUAACAUUAUGUUGAAGGUAGAAGACUUUUUGAAUCUCUCUACAAGUCUGCGUGGCUUCCAGAUUUGCAUCGACAAAGGUACAUUUGAUGCUGUCAGCCUGAGCCCUGAUGAUGCUUCGGAGAAGCGGAAGCAGUACCUGAGCUCACUGGCUUGCGCCCUGCAGACAGGAGGUUUUUUCCUGAUAACCUCGUGCAAUUGGACCAAGGAAGAGCUGCUGACUGAAUUCAGCAAUGGAUUUGAGCUUUUCGAAGAGCUGCCAACGCCCAGGUUCAGUUUUGGGGGCAGAUCUGGGAACAGCGUCACAGCCUUGGUUUUCCGGAAAGUGUGAGACCCACUGGGCUACUUCAUCCUGUUUCAUUCUCUAUCACGAGGGACCUACUACAGCUAGUGGCAGGUGCCACCUGCCCAGUGAGUACUCAGAAGGCAGCAUCUGAACCAGAUGAUGUGUCUUAUGAUAGUAAUUGGGACCGAAGCUAUAGCACACUGGGGAGGGUGCUUGCCUUGCAUGUGGCCUAAUCUGGAUUCAAUCCUCGGCUUCCCAUAUGGUCACCCAAACACCGCCAGGAAUGACCUCUGAGCACAGAGCCCGAAUUAAUCCCUGAGCACUGCCACGUGUGACCCAAAAAACAACAACAACAACAAUAAUAUGCAUUUAAUUGAUCAGGUUUUAGAAUCAACCUGAAUAAUUUAAAUUUUCUUUUGUACUGAAAAAUGUGUUUUUCAUUUUCUUUUUAAAACAACAUCCUGUAGGGGCUGGAGUGAUAGCCCAGUGGUAGGGCAUUUGCCUUGCAUGCAGCUGUCCAGGACGGAUCUGUUUGAUCUCCAACGUCCCAUAUGGUCCCCUAAGCCAGGAGUGAUUUCUGGGCAUAUAGUCAGAAGUAACCCCAAAGAGUCACUGGGUGUGGCCCAAUCCUGCUCCCCCACCAAAAAAAAAAAAUACAAAAACAUCCUGUAACUGUUGGAGAGUUAGAGCCACUCAUGAAUUGACAGCGAGUGAGCAAAUUC